AAAUUCCAGUCAAAUUCAGAAAGUAAAAUAAGAAAUAAGUUUAUUUGAUAUAAGUAAUGCUGGUAUACAAUUUGAUGCUUCCUUUGACAUUGAUGUAACUACAAAUACUUUAAAAUCAAAGGAGCUAAAACAGAGUUGUCAACCAGUAAUCAAAGGAGCUAAAACGGAGUUAAGCAGUAUAUGCUCAUAAGGCCAGUUCUGUAAUAAAUGAUCUUCAAAAAUGUAAAACAGGUACACAAUUCUAAUCACCUUAUUUCUUUCUCUAGAAUGCAACUCUUAACUUUCAUCGAAAUUCAAACAACAUAGUAACAUAUAAUAUCUAGCUUACAUAACAGAGAGGCACUAGCCAAAAACUCAGCAACAUCUCAAGGGACUAUUGCAAUUCUUAUUAUGCCCACAGGGCAAAGAUAUUAUUACUAUAUAUAUAUUAUGAAUAGAUGAGUUGUGUUGAUAGUGUGCCUUAUCUUAUGCUUUGAAUAAGGGAGAGUUGAUUGACUGGACCAAUCUAUUAUGCAGUUCCAUAUGAGAGAACCACAGAUGUGCAAUCUUGUAUGCCGUACUGUUCUUAAUGCAAAAACUGCAAAAGAGUUAAAGGAGAAGAUUGAAGAUGAAUAUCGGGUCAACAUGAUUUUGGAUAAUAUUCCUCUUGUUAUGCCCAUAAAAAGGCCUGACCUGGACACUACAGUCUAUCAGCAUGGUUUUCAUGUUGGUCUAAAGGGACAAUAUGCUGGAAGCAAUGAGGAGAAGCAUUUUAUCCAUAAUCAUCUGACAUUCGCUGUCAAGUUUCACAAGGAUCCACAAACUGAUGUGGCUAGAGUUGUAGGUUUUGAAGUGAGACCAUUUAGGUAAUAAUGUGUUGUAUGAUUGCUAUUGAUGAGCAAAACUUCACUGUCAUUCCCAUUUAGUAAGGCGAGUUAUCUAGGGAAAUAUCAUUAAACAGAUACCAAUUGAUCUCCCUAAAAACAAGACUAACAGGAACAGAAGACUACCCGAUUCAAACUAGGUGAAGCAUGUCAAAAUUCAUGGAUGAGCACUUCUCAAAACACGACAAGAAAGGAAAGAAUUUCACUAUGACACCUAAAUUAGAUUAAUUUACUACUCAAACAGUAUGGAAUCCAAACUGAAAUCGCUAAUACACGACAUGACCAAAAUUGAGCAAAAUCUCGCAACAGCUUCAAAACAUUAAACUAAACUAUCCUAAACAACAAUAGGCAAGGAACAUCGAUGAAUAACUCCAGGAAAAUGCAAGUAAUUGAACAGAUAAAUUAAAAGGCAAGAAAAAACUGAGCUUUAGUCCAUUGAGGUCGGAGAAUCGGACAGAGAUGAAAUGAGGAACAGAUAAAGACAUUGUUUUGGAGGUUUUAUGUAAUAAUAGGCUUAAUUAACACAGAAAGUGUUCAAUUUCAGGCAAUAAUAAACAAAGUGCAGUGCACUGCUGGAGUCAGAAAAUUAAAUUUAGAUUUCUUAAUGACGAAUUC